AUGAACCAUUUAACUGUUAAUAUUCUCGAUCUAUGUGAUGAGAUGUUACUUUCUAUUUUCAAUAAACUAAAUAAUAUUGAUGUAUUAUAUUCACUCAUAGACGUCGAUAAAAAACUCGAUAGAUUGGCUCGAGAUAUUACUUUUACACAAUCUAUUGAUUUAGUAACAAUAUCAUCAAAUGAACAUAAUUUUCUAAGGAACAAUUCAAUACUUGAUCGAUUUUGUGUUGAUAUUUUGCCUCGAAUUCAACAUAAUAUUGAAUGUCUUGCUCUUGAUUCAUUGUCAAUAGAUCGUGUUCUUCAUAUUGGAAACUAUUCUAAACUCCAUAAACUUACUCUUGUUAAUCUUCCAUUUCAAAUGGCAUCUCGUAUUUUCAAUGAGAAGUCAUCAUUCAUUGACAUCUUUAAACAUCAAAUUUCACAUCUUAUUGUGAUGAUUAUUGAAGACAACAUAGCUGAACAUACACGAAAGGCGUCUACAGAUGUCUUUACCACUAUUUUUAUAAUGUUUACGAAUUUAAAUUAUCUUCAUUAUGGUUGGAAUGGUGAGUGUCUGGGUUCGCCAAGAUCACUUGUUGAUACACUAUCUCCAACAUGUCCAUCAAACAUUGUUCAUUUGAAUGUUAGGGUGAACAGUUUUAAUGAUUGUCUUUGUUUGCUUGAUGGAUGUCUUAGUCAAUUACAUACAUUUAUUGUGGAAGUUGAUAACAUUAAUUAUACAUCAAUGACUAUCAAUAAUACGAAAACUGUAUCUAAUCUAAAAUGUUUCUCGUUGUUUUCAUUUCGUCGCACAAUUGAAUAUGAUAGUCAUAUUGUACCAUUCAUUCGUCGAAUGUCACAAUUAGAAAAACUUACAUUAUCUCUUAUUGUUUAUGGUCGAACUUCAUUUAUUGAUGGUACUCAUCUGGUUAAUGAUAUUCUUAGUAAAAUGUCACAUCUACAUACAUUUAUCUUUAACAUUAUUACCCAAAAUGUCAUAAUGGCCGAAGAAUUUUUACCAGCACCUGAUGAUGUUCAACGUGAACUCAUCCAAAGAGGAUAUAAUGUUAACUGUUAUACUGACUAUAAUGUACUUAACAAUGGUCAAUGCCAUAUUUAUUCACUUCCAUUCAUUAUGGAGUGCAUGCAUAUACAUUCUAGCAAAUUUCUUGGUGGUUUAUUCCUGACUGUUCGUCACUUACAUAUGCGAAAUUUUGUUCAUCCGUUUGAACAUGAUUUUUUUGCUCGAAUUUCUCAAGCUUUUCCAUUACUAAAUAAAUUGACAAUAUAUAAUAUAAGUGGACAAAAGAAGAAGUUAACAAAUUUAAAAGAUGAACAUAAACAAACAUGGUCGAUUAUUGAGUUUUCUCACCUUAUGACGCUUCAUCUGUCUAUGUCUGAUAUGGAUUAUGUGGAAGAAUUUCUUUUCGAUUUCAACACACGUCUACCUUGUCUUAACACAUUAUAUAUCAAAUAUAAACAUUUGGUGAUGAUAACAGAAAAUUUUACAAAGAAUGCUGCUCGUAUUAAUUGUUCAAAAUUGGAACAUAUUAUCUUUGAUUCAAAACCAACGACAUAUCCAGAAAACUUCUACCUAUAUUUUCCUUUGUUAUAA